GUCGCCGCCCACAGCGGCCGCGCCGAACUACGGUCCGGGGCGUCCCUUUAAUCCCGAGCGUCCGAGCGAACCCACACCCCGCCCGGCGGGCGACGCCGGCAUUGCGCGGCCCGACCGCUAGGCGGCAGUGCAGGCGACCCGGGAGAGGCCGUCGCGGCCGUGUGACGUCACGCGGCCCCGAGCGGAACCGGCGCGCUCCGUGACGUCAUGCGCCCGCCCACGCCAGACCGGCGCUGUCGUGUGACGUCGCACGCGCGCCCGGGUGGAAAGAAGGGGUGGCGGCGGACCGGGGGUCCGCGGCGUUCACCAUGGUUCCGCGCGUGCAGCUCCCACCCGAGAUCCAGCUGGCCCAGCGCCUGGCGGGAAACGAGCAGGUGACCCGGGACCGGGCGGUGAAGAAGCUCCGGAAGUACAUCGUCGCCAGGACUCAGCGGGCCGCAGGUGGUUUCACGCACGACGAGCUGCUGAAGGUCUGGAAGGGACUGUUUUACUGCAUGUGGAUGCAGGACAAGCCGCUCCUGCAGGAGGAACUAGGGAGGACCAUUUCCCAGCUCCUGCAUGCCUUUCAGACGACAGAGGCACAGCACCUGUUCCUGCGGACGUUCUGGCAGACCAUGAACCGCGAGUGGACGGGCAUCGACAGACUGCGCCUGGACAAGUUCUACAUGCUCAUGCGGAUGGUCCUGAACGAGUCCUUGAAGGCCCUGAAGACGCGCGGGUGGGAAGAAAGGCAGAUCGAGCAGCUGCUGGAGCUGCUGACGACGGAGAUCCUGCACCCCGACAGCCAGGCCCCCAGUGGGGUGAAGAGCCACUUCCUGGAGAUCUUCCUGGAGGAGCUGAGCAAAGUGGGCGCCGCUGAGCUGACGGCGGACCAGAACCUCAAGUUCAUCGAGCCCUUCUGCGCCAUCGCUGCUCGCACUCAGGACUCCCUGGUUUUGCACAACAUCACUCGGGGCAUCUUCGAAGCGAUCGUGGAACAGGCCCCGUUUGCCAUCGAGGACCUUCUGGACGAGCUGGAUGCGCAGGAGGGGGACGAGGGGACGUCGGAGGACGAGGGGACGUCGGAGGACGAGGAGCGCGAGCGGGAUGCGCCGUCCGUGCAGCCAGGCUCCCCCCGUGGGGCUGCACUCCCCGACAGGAGCGAUGAGCCGCCGGGAGGUGGUGAGGACGCCGUGGGCCCCGUCCUCCAGUUUGACUACGAGGCCGUGGCCGGCAGACUGUUCGCGGUGGCCAGUGAGCAGAGCACCCCUUCCCAGAACCGGAAGCGCCUCUACAAAGUGAUCCGGAAGUUGCAGGACCUCGCCGAAGGCAUCUUCCCAGAGGAGGAUGUACCGGAAAAAGCCUACAGGAAUCUGCGAGAUGAGGAGCAGGAGAGGAGGACAAAGAAGCGUUUGCCCAAAGCCAGGUCACAAAACCAUCCAGAUGCUCCCAGACCCGCCCCAGCGGGAGGAGGGCCGAGUCGAGGCGGGCGGCUUUCUUCAGAGAAUCAAUGGAGGAAGGAAGCGUGGGCUCCAUCGCGCAGCCCCGACUCGACCCGAGGGUCCCGGUGAUGGACACCAGCGGUGCUGACCCCACAACAAGCAGACAGAUGGGCCUCCUGGUGGAGGACACCACCACCGGCGACAGAAGGACGUGUCCAAUGACAUGAGGGGGACCACAGGACGGGCCACUGGUCCUUCAAAGAAACUGCGGAAAGGGGGAAGGUGAAAAUCCCAUUUUCAUGGCUUUCCCUUUAUUGUCACCUUGUAGGGAUUUAGAAACGAGAUGUUUGAAAAGCCAAACAUUUAUGCGGGACCAAAGUAGAUUAUUUGGUUAUAUUGUAAAACUGAAAUCAUUUUAACUAUAAGUCAUCUCGUAGUUUACGUGAACAGAAAGUGUUUAAACCCAUGCAGAAUGUGCUGUUGUCCCAGGCCAGGCCCUCGGUAACUUACCCGUGCUCUGUGCACACUCCUGGUGGU